AUGGUGAUUGUUCGCGGCCAAGACGGCUGUGCGUAUCGUCGCAGCGUUCAGGUAUUUUUCGUGAAUGAGAGGGCUCAAUUUCUUCUUUGCCAGCCUGCGGGGACGAGCAACGUGAAGUUCCGCCAAACGGUGCAAGGCGGCAGUGAGGGGGACGAGUCGCCGCAGAAAACGGCGCAGCGUGAGACGUGGGAAGAGAUCGGAGUUGAUCUUGACAAAGACGCCACGUUUUUGUGCGAGGUGCACCCGUCUGCCGCCGUGUCGGGAGAGCACGGCCAAGCGGAAGAUGUCAGAAACGAAAAGAACGAAAUCGUGUCCGAGCGCCGCAAGGAAUUUCGGUACAAGAGCAAGACGUGGCGGAAAUUGGGCAUCAGCGGCCAAGAGCUGUACCCCCUUCUCUACCUACUAAAAAGCGAGAAGUUACGGCACGUGGACACUCUUGGAUCGAAGCGCGGCGUUCGGACAGAGUUUUGGUCGGUCGCGUGGGGAUCGUUGGCAGACUUGGCAGAGAAGGCGCCUCCUAGGAAGAGAGCAGUGAUGCGUUCUGUGUGCAAUGCUGUGGCUGCUGCUGCCAUGCCGCUUCUGGAGUUGCGUGGCUACCCCACCUCUGGUUCCACGAACCUGAUUAGCCGUGCGCAAACAGCAGUUUAG